UCGGCAAGUUGCCUCUUCGGCUCUUGGCUGCAUCGACAGCUUGCAACACUCGGCAUCUUUUCUGCAGGCGCCUCCUUCAGCGGCUGCAGAUGGCAUCCGGCUGCGGGCUCCGGGCUGGCCAUUGACUGUCCCCUUUGCCCACCGCGGACCCACGGACGCACCUCUCUCUUCCCUUCCUCCCCUCGCGCUCCUGGGUUUGAGCGCAGCUCCGGAUCGCCGGGCGAAGGAAGCAGUCGCGGCGGCCGAGGCUGAGCUGUAGGGCGCUCGCUCCCUGAUUUGGGGAGAAGCGCCCAUCCGGGAGAGCCGACCCCCAGCUGCUCCAGCGCCCCCCAUCUUUUGCAUCCCAAGUCGGGGCUCCAGGGACCCCCUCUCCAGGCGGCACCAUGCUGGACCCUUCGUCCAGCGAAGAGGAAUCGGAUGAGAUCGUGGAGGAGGAGAGCGGCAAGGAGGUGCUGGGCUCGGCCGCGUCCGGCGCGCGCCUGUCUCCCAGCCGUGUAUUUUUCUGGUACUGCUGUGAAUCUAAAUAUAACGUGUUGGUAGUGAUAAUUUAUGACCAAAAUCAAAACCUGACCAUCAUACUGGCACAGUGUACCAUGUUUCAGGAGCUCAUAAAUGAUGAUCUGAAAGACAGUUCUAUCAGCAAACAGCAGCUGCAGACCGUCAAGGACCGCUUCCAGGCUUUCCUCAAUGGGGAAACUCAGAUCGUGGCUGACGAGGCCUUCAUGAACGCCGUUCAGAGUUACUAUGAGGUGUUCCUGAAGAGCGACCGCGUGGCCCGCAUGGUGCAGAGUGGGGGCUGCUCCGCCAACGACUCUCGGGAGGUCUUCAAGAAGCACAUCGAGAAGAGGGUGCGCAGCCUCCCCGAGAUCGAUGGCCUCAGCAAGGAGACCGUGCUGAGCUCCUGGAUGGCCAAGUUCGAUGCCAUCUACCGCGGGGAAGAGGACCCCAGGAAGCAGCAGGCCCGGAUGACCGCCAGCGCAGCCUCUGAGCUGAUUCUGAGCAAAGAGCAACUCUACGAGAUGUUCCAGAACAUUCUAGGGAUCAAGAAGUUUGAACAUCAGCUCUUGUACAACGCCUGCCAGCUGGACAAUCCGGAUGAGCAGGCAGCACAGAUCCGACGGGAGCUGGAUGGACGACUCCAAAUGGCAGACCAAAUAGCCAGGGAACGCAAAUUCCCCAAGUUUGUAUCCAAAGAAAUGGAAAACAUGUACAUCGAAGAGCUGAAGUCGUCCGUCAACCUGCUCAUGGCCAACUUGGAGAGCAUGCCGGUGUCCAAGGGCGGCGAGUUCAAGCUUCAGAAGCUCAAGCGCAGCCACAACGCUUCCAUCAUCGACCUGGGCGAGGAGAGCGAGAACCAGCUCUCCAAGUCAGACGUCGUGCUGGCUUUCUCCUUGGAGGUGGUGAUCAUGGAAGUGCAAGGCCUCAAAUCCUUGGCUCCCAAUCGCAUUGUGUACUGCACAAUGGAGGUGGAAGGGGGAGAGAAACUACAGACGGACCAGGCCGAGGCAUCUAAGCCCACCUGGGGCACCCAGGGCGACUUCUCCACGACCCACGCGCUGCCUGCUGUGAAGGUGAAGCUGUUCACAGAGAGCACCGGCGUCCUGGCCUUGGAGGACAAGGAACUCGGGCGGGUUAUUCUCCAUCCCACCCCGAACAGCCCCAAGCAGUCAGAGUGGCACAAAAUGACAGUCUCCAAAAACUGCCCGGAUCAAGACCUCAAAAUCAAACUCGCUGUCCGAAUGGAUAAGCCUCAAAACAUGAAGCAUUCUGGGUAUUUAUGGGCCAUCGGCAAGAAUGUCUGGAAGAGAUGGAAGAAAAGGUUCUUUGUGUUGGUGCAGGUCAGUCAGUACACCUUCGCCAUGUGCAGUUACCGGGAGAAGAAAGCGGAGCCUCAGGAGCUGCUGCAGCUGGACGGCUACACUGUGGAUUACACCGACCCCCAGCCAGGUUUGGAAGGUGGCCGAGCCUUCUUCAAUGCAGUCAAAGAAGGAGACACCGUGAUAUUUGCAAGUGAUGACGAGCAAGAUCGCAUCCUGUGGGUCCAAGCCAUGUACCGGGCCACUGGGCAGUCACACAAGCCUGUGCCCCCGACCCAAGUGCAGAAACUCAACGCCAAGGGAGGGAACGUGCCCCAGCUGGAUGCCCCCAUAUCCCAAUUCUACGCAGAUAGAGCUCAAAAGCAUGGCAUGGAUGAAUUUAUCUCGUCCAACCCCUGUAACUUUGACCACGCUUCCCUCUUUGAGAUGGUGCAACGCCUUACUUUGGAUCACAGACUUAAUGAUUCCUAUUCUUGCCUGGGCUGGUUCAGUCCUGGCCAGGUGUUUGUGCUAGAUGAGUACUGUGCCCGGAACGGAGUCCGCGGGUGUCACCGGCAUCUCUGCUACCUCAGAGACCUGCUGGAGCGGGCGGAGAACGGCGCCAUGAUCGACCCCACCCUCCUCCACUACAGCUUUGCCUUCUGUGCAUCCCACGUCCACGGGAACAGGCCCGAUGGGAUCGGAACUGUGACUGUGGAAGAAAAGGAACGUUUUGAAGAAAUCAAAGAGAGACUCCGAGUUCUGUUGGAAAAUCAGAUUACACAUUUUAGGUACUGCUUUCCAUUUGGUCGACCUGAAGGUGCUUUGAAAGCUACUCUCUCACUCCUGGAAAGGGUUUUGAUGAAAGACAUCGUUACCCCAGUGCCACAAGAGGAGGUAAAAACAGUCAUCCGUAAAUGUCUAGAGCAGGCUGCUUUAGUCAACUAUUCCCGGCUAUCAGAGUAUGCCAAAAUCGAAGGGAAAAAGAGAGAAAUGUAUGAGCAUCCUGUCUUCUGCUUGGCCUCCCAAGUGAUGGAUUUAACCAUUCAAAAUGUAGGCCGGUUAAUCACUCCCGCCAAAAAGCUCGAAGACACAAUCCGUCUCGCUGAACUAGUCAUUGAGGUUCUCCAGCAGAAUGAGGAGCAUCACGCAGAGGCCUUUGCGUGGUGGUCGGACUUGAUGGUGGAGCACGCCGAGACGUUCCUGUCGCUCUUCGCGGUGGACAUGGAUGCAGCGUUAGAGGUGCAGCCGCCAGACACGUGGGACAGUUUCCCACUGUUCCAGCUGCUGAAUGACUUUCUGCGCACCGACUAUAAUCUGUGCAAUGGAAAGUUCCACAAGCACCUGCAAGACCUGUUUGCCCCACUUGUGGUUAGAUAUGUGGAUCUGAUGGAGUCCUCAAUUGCACAAUCCAUUCACAGGGGCUUUGAGCGGGAGUCAUGGGAACCAGUCAACAACGGAUCAGGCACCUCGGAGGAUCUGUUCUGGAAGCUCGAUGCCCUUCAGACCUUCAUUCGGGACUUACACUGGCCCGAGGAAGAGUUUGGGAAGCACCUGGAGCAACGGCUGAAGCUGAUGGCAAGUGACAUGAUAGAAUCUUGUGUCAAAAGAACCAGGAUUGCAUUUGAAGUGAAGCUGCAAAAAACCAGUCGAUCAACAGAUUUUCGAGUCCCACAGUCAAUAUGCACCAUGUUUAAUGUUAUGGUUGAUGCCAAAGCUCAAUCAACAAAACUUUGCAGCAUGGAAAUGGGCCAAGAGCAUCAAUACCAUUCAAAAAUAGACGAACUAAUUGAAGAAACUGUUAAAGAAAUGAUAACACUCUUGGUGGCAAAGUUUGUUACUAUCUUGGAAGGAGUGUUGGCAAAAUUAUCCAGAUAUGACGAAGGGACCUUGUUUUCUUCUUUCUUGUCAUUCACCGUGAAGGCAGCUUCCAAGUAUGUGGAUGUACCUAAACCCGGGAUGGACGUGGCCGAUGCCUACGUGACUUUCGUCCGCCACUCUCAGGAUGUCCUUCGUGAUAAGGUCAAUGAGGAGAUGUACAUAGAAAGGUUAUUUGAUCAAUGGUACAACAGCUCCAUGAGUGUGAUCUGCACCUGGUUGACGGACCGGAUGGACUUACAGCUUCACAUUUAUCAGUUGAAAACACUAAUUAGGAUGGUAAAGAAAACCUACAGGGACUUCCGAUUGCAAGGGGUCCUGGACUCGACCUUGAACAGCAAGACGUAUGAAACCAUCCGGAACCGUCUCACUGUGGAGGAAGCCACGGCGUCAGUGAGCGAGGGCGGCGGCCUGCAGGGCAUCAGCAUGAAGGACAGCGACGAGGAGGACGAAGAGGACGAUUAGAAGGCCCGGGCCUGGACCCUGUAACCAAUGCAUGUCCUUAGUCUGUUAGUUACCCCCUUAGGGAAUUUUCUGUCCCCCACCACGCCCAUGAGAUGUUUACCAAUACAAUUGCCAUUUUAGCUCUGUGGUAUCAAGAUUAGCAAAUGACCUUCAAGCCCCCCCAUAUCCUGACCCACGACUAUAUGUUUACAGCGAUCUGGAGCACCAUUCUUUAAGUCCUGUUCAUGGAGAACACGUAGUCCCACUGCUAGGCGUGUCCCUUUGCCAGCAAAGUCAAAUGAUGCUUCAUUAACGUACCGUGUAUGCGUUGACAGUGAAUGGAUGUGAGGGCCAGUUCACCCCGUACUUUCACUUUGUUUCACGUAUGUGGAUGUCAGUUAUUUAAAUGAGUAUAAUAAAUAUUUAAUUAAGACA